AUGGCUGAAACACACCCUCCGUAUUCUUCCUUCAAGAAGCUAUCAUCUUUCUUCAAUGGCAUCACCGCUGUGUCUGGUGUGGUCCUCAUUGGCCUGGGCUUCUAUGUCAAGUUCAGAGGAGCUGCCCUAACGAGGGUCCUCGGGCUGUCCCAUGCACACCUGCAUCACGUUGGCUACCUGUGUCUGGUGUUGGGCUGCAUCACGGUCCUGCUCAGCUUCACUGGGUGGUAUGGGGUUACCAAAGAGAACAGAGGCACGCUCCUGUUUGUUCAAGACAUGGGCUUGGAGCACAACGUUGUGACCCUGAGGAUGAACUAUAAAGGUUUCAACGAGCCCGAUGACUAUUCCACGGACUGGAACUCGGUCAUGGAGAAGCUAAAGUGCUGUGGAGUGAAAAACUACACGGAUUUUUCUGGCUCCUCCUUUGAAAUGAUGACGGGUCACGCCUACCCCAGGAGUUGCUGUAAAUCCAUCCAGACCGUGGCCUGUGAUGGGCACAAUGUGUCCACAGACAUCAUCCACCAGGAGGGCUGUUUGCCCAAGCUCCUGGAAAUAACCAAGACUCAGAGUUUCAACCUAAGCGGGGGCUCACUGGGGGCGGCAGUGAUCCAGCUGCCAGGAAUUCUCGCCACCUUGCUGCUGUUCACCAAGCUGGGCUGA